CAUGGUUGUAAACGUUGCAAAGUAAAGCCAGGUAAAGCUAGUAAAGCAAAGCCAGCAAAGCUGUUGGUGGAGGUGGAGAGGAGCUAACGUUUUAUUAAAAAAACGUCGGGGUAUGUUGGGAGGAGCACACGCUCGGAGCUGCUGUGCAUGCCGACUUGUUGACGCUAAAGUCAACGUACUACGGUCUCUUUAUGUUUGCGCUGAGUUGUUGUGAACUAGUGUGAAGCAACACUGCUCGGAGUCAUGUCAGAAAUAGCAAUGCCGCAAGAAACCUGCCUGGAAGAUUGUAAACAACCGAUCGUCUUCAGGCACGCGCUGUCUUCGUGGGAGUGCUCGUCUUGGACUCUGGCAGACUGGGCUUCCAGAACUCGAAAUGUGCCUCUGAAGUUCAGAGUUGGACUUAAAGCUGCUUCAGGAGCCCCUCAGUGGGAAACGGAGGGUACGCAGGCAACUGCCACAAUAGAACAGUUCUCGCAGUGGGUUUCCGGUCACGCUGACAAACGAAGCGAGCUGGCCACUGUCGACAGGUCGAUACAUUUCGCAUAUUCAAGCUACAAUUAUAUGCACGAUAUGUUCAGAGAUCUGCCCAGUGUGCUCGAGUCCGUGGACUGGGCUUCGUUUGGUUUCCCUGGCCGUAAAGGUGCUGACAGCACGCUGUGGCUUGGAAGUGAGGAUUCAGACACUCCCUGUCAUCAAGACACCUAUGGCUACAAUUUGGUCGCUCAGUUAAUUGGCAAGAAGUCAUGGACAAUGUUUCCACCAAAGGAUGGAAGCUGUCUGUAUCCAACCAGAAUACCGUUUGAGGAGUCGAGCAUAUUCAGCAUGGUCAACUUGAAAGAAGUUGACUUUGUGACAUUUCCAGAACUGCAAUCGGCAAGACCUUACCACGUGGUGCUAGAGCCUGGCGAUGUCCUGCUUGUUCCACACCACUGGUGGCAUUAUGUUUCUUGUCUCACAACUGCGCUCAGCAUCAACUCUUGGAUUCCCAUGAUCACAGACAAGGACUCCCAGCUCCUUGAGGCAGUCACACGGACCCUGGCCACUGGACUAAUACCAUGCUAUGAAAAUGACGAUGAGCACUGGGUCAACAUGAACGAGGAACUAACAUCACCUGAGCAAAACCUGGCAUACUUGCAGACACUUCUGCAGUCCCAUCAUCCAGAGGAUGUAACUCCACGUGGUGCAUCACCAGUGACACAACUUCCAUUCGAAUGUGUCUCGCAAUUUAGCUGGGAAGACUAUGCAAGUAAAACUGGCUCCACGUUGAUACACCAGUGCUGCUCUGACAAAAAGCAAACGGCUGGCAGGGAUAGAAUGUUGUCGAGACGUAUGAUCAGCUGUUUCCUUCAUCCAUCUGUGGCAGACGUUAUUUCCAAAAGGCUAAAAGAACUUGUGAAAUAAAGUUAUUGCUCGUUAUAAAUAAA